CGAGUACCUUCCUCGGAUUGCAUUAAUUGCCUCAAUAUCUAUCGGUGUCACGUCUCCAUAACACUACUAUAUACUGCACUAGGUAUUCAAUCGAUACAUACUCCCAACAUGGCCAAGAUAGUCCCGCCUAUGAACUUUGGCCUCGUCGAAGAUGGCUUCUAUCGCUCAGCUCAGCCUUCCGAGCUCAACUUUUCCUUUCUUGAGAAGCUGAACCUCAGAACCAUCAUAUGGGUUGGCGCAGAGGAGCCGUCAGACAUCUUCUUGUCUUUCAUCGAGUCGCAGGGAAUCAAGCUGUAUAACCUCGCUCCUCAGACGAGUCUGAACCCGCAUUUCCCGCCACCGUAUACCGACUCUGGGGUUGUCCCCAUCUCUGGGCAAUACCACCUCCCCCCGCUCCCUCCUCCACCAGAACCCUUGAUCAUCCAAGCACUUUCCCUCUUGCUGCGUUCUUCGACAUUUCCCACGCUACUCUGUUGUAACAUGGGCCGACACCGAACGGGCACCGUGGUGGGGUGUUUCAGAAAGCUGCAAAGGUGGGCGUUGAGCAGUAUACUGGAAGAGUAUAGGCGGUACGCGGGCAUGAAGGUCAGGGUGCUCAAUGAGCAGUUCAUUGAGCUGUUCGAUACGGACCUGGUAUCGAUAACGGCAGAGCAAGCGACGGCUUGAGACAACGCCAAGUACAGGUCAAGCCUUGUCGGCCCACCGAGGGCGCUACUGCCAAACACCAUGCGUGAUUAUGUUGCGUCCACUAAAAGGUUAGACGUGGGUGGUGCUCGGCUGCUACACGCAGCAGUUGGCCUUCAAGACAUCACGCAACGACGUCGGAGGGACGAGUGCUCCUUUCCAUGGUGACGAAAUAUCUGAUUUCGGUGUGCUGUGGUCCUUACGGAGUAUCAUACUAUGCCUACAGUCAAUGCCAUGCAGUUAAAUCUUGCAUCCGACCCGUAGGCGUUUCGUAAGGCUCCAGUUCGAGGCGCUCCUAUGCUGUACAUACUGUCACGAGAAUCAUGC